UGGCAGCAGCCACAAAGAAAUGUGUGUCUUAACAUCUGUACUGAGCUUUAACAUGUUGAAAUAUUGUGCAACUUAAAUAUUCAACUCAACUCAGACAAAAUGAACAAAUAUUUUCCCCCGCCUGUCUUUGCAGGUAGUCUCAUAUCAUUUCUGCCAAGCUGAUAACUGUCACACCUGUCUGGUUCCGGAGUUUGUCCACAAUAUGGCGGCGAUGUUAAGCGACGCCCCUCAGCUGUUGGCGUAUCGGGAGCUGCUGCACCGGUCACCACAGCUACAGAGCAUGCUUAGUCUGCGCUCGUGCAUCCAGGAUCCCAGCUCUGCCCUCCAGAGAGGAAUACUCGAACCACUGGACGCUCUCUGCAGAGAGAGGCAGUUGCAGGUAGAUGGGGCGGGGCUUAUUAUACUGAUCGAUGGGCUGAACGAGGCAGAGUUCCACCGGCCGGACUACGGUGACACGCUGACUUCCUUCCUGUCCCGAAACAUCCAAAAAUUUCCUUCCUGGUUGAAGGUCAUUACCACAGUCAGGACCAGUCAGGAGGACAUCACGGGUUCUCUGCCUUUCCAUCACAUCUCUCUGGACAGGAUGGAAGAAAACAAUGCCAUAGACCAGGACCUGCAGGUAACAUGCUGUCUGAUUGUCUGUCUGACUUUCUAUCUGUCUGUCUAUCUGUACAUCUUUAUGUCUGUGCUUUGUUAUUUCCUCUCAGGGUUACCUGAUGCAGCGGAUCCACAGUAGUGCAGAGACAACACA